CAAGCUGCAUAACUACUGACUCUGCUUUUGUCUUGAGUUGGUUUGUUGAGCAAACUGAAAGAAAUCUUGCCUCAGCAGCUUCACGCAGGAUUAUUUUCAGAUCAACUUGAGUUGAAAAGAGAUUUAUUUUUUAAAAAUGCCGUCUCAUAUUAUGCUCUCGUACCAGUGGGAUGACCAGGCUCUUGUGAAAAAGAUCUACGACCGGCUGAAAGAUGAUGGGCUGCCGGUGUGGAUGGACAUCGAAGGAGGGGUGACUGGGAACAUCAACGACGCGAUGGCUGCAGGUGUGGAGGAGGCCGCGGUGAUCUGUCCGGUCAUGACCCCAGCUUACCAGGCGUCCCGCAGCUGUAAGAAGGAGCUGAACUACGCAGACAGCAGGGAGGUGAUGAUCGUGCCGGUCAUGCUGGCCAACAACUGGGAGGCCAGUGAGUGGCUGGGCCUGAUCACUGCGGGCCUGCUGUGGGUGGACUUCAGAAAUGCAGAAGAGGAUGAGGAGCUCUUUGAGAUGUGCCUCAGGUCUCUGGAGGAGGAGAUCAUGUUUAACGCCGGUCACCUCCUGGCGGUGGAGGAAGCUACCAGAGAGGAGGUGGAUGAGCCGGAGCCGCCAAAACCCCGCCUGAAGAAGAAACCGGGCCGAGGCUUCCGCCAUGCCCUCUCAAAGCUCUACAUUCACGAAUCAGAUGAGCAGAUAAUCCACCCGACUAACGACAGCAGAAACACAGUGGAGCUCGAUGAGACACCUGGAGAUCACUGUCACUGGGAGGAGAUCAAGGGUCACGGCUGUAAAUACUACAGGAACAUUGUGACGAACAGAUACCUGGGUACGAACAGAAAUUCAUCAGGAAUGUGA